UCCUCCACACUUUCUCUCUCUUAAUAAUUGUACUCUGUACAUAUUCCCCGUUCUCUCUCUCUGUUAAAACCCUUUUCUUUAUCCUUUAAAUUCCCCAAAAAAUUCUCCCAAUUAAACACUAAUGGCGAUGUUAAGAGCUGGGAAGCAAGUGAUUCAAGCACUAGGAUCUAGGGUUCCGAGCUCAUCUACUUACUCAAAGCAGCUCCAUGCUUCACCGGGGAGCAAGAAAAUUGUCGGGGUAUUCUACAAGGCUAAUGAGUAUGCGGCGAUGAAUCCGAACUUUGUAGGGUGUGCAGAGGGGGGAUUAGGUAUUCGAGAGUGGUUGGAAUCUCAAGGUCACCAAUACAUUGUUACUGAUGACAAAGAGGGCCCCAGUUGUGAGCUGGAGAAGCACAUCCCCGACCUCCACGUCCUCAUCUCCACCCCCUUCCACCCCGCUUAUGUCACCGCCGAGAGAAUCAAGAAAGCCAAGAACCUCCAACUCCUUCUCACUGCCGGAAUCGGCUCCGACCACAUCGCUACCGUUGCCGAGGUCACUGGAAGCAACACCGUCUCAGUAGCCGAAGACGAGCUCAUGAGAAUCCUCAUCCUCGUUCGGAAUUUCUUGCCCGGGUAUCACCAAGUUAUUCAGGGGGAUUGGAAUGUUGCGGCUAUUGCACAUAGAGCUUAUGAUCUUGAGGGAAAGACGAUUGGGACUGUUGGUGCUGGGAGAAUUGGGAAGUUAUUGCUGCAGAGGUUGAGACCGUUUAAUUGCAAUCUAUUGUAUCAUGAUAGGUUGAAGAUGGAGCCUGAGCUUGAGAAGGAGACGGGGGCGAAGUUUGAGGAGGAUCUAGAUGCUAUGCUUGGAAAGUGUGAUGUGGUUGUGGUCAAUACACCAUUAACGGACAAGACUAGGGGGAUGUUUGAUGCGAAUAAAAUUGCAAAGAUGAAGAAGGGAGUUCUCAUUGUAAAUAAUGCCCGAGGAGCUAUCAUGGAUGCUCAAGCCGUUGCAGAUGCUUGUGCCAGUGGUCAUAUUGCAGGCUACAGUGGUGAUGUAUGGUACCCGCAACCUGCCCCAAGUGAUCAUGUAUGGCGACACAUGCCCAACCAUGCAAUGACUCCUCAUAUUUCCGGCACAACUAUUGAUGCUCAACUAAGGUAUGCCGCCGGGGUGAAGGAUAUGCUGGAUAAAUAUUUCAAAGGAGAGGACUUUCCUCCACAAAACUACAUUGUGAAGGAAGGGAAACUGGCAAGCCAGUAUCUCUGAAUGAAUUGCACUGUAACUUUUCAGAUAAAUUUGGACAAAGGGUUUUAAGUAGAGAGUGUGAUGCUUCACAAGAAAUAAAACUUUAUAUUUGCUUGUUGUGAACCCUCAAAUUUUCUCAGUUUCAUCAGUUAAUAAAAUAAGUCCUGCUCCUGCUUUACUAGAAA